AUGGAACCACCAAACAAGAAGAUCAGAAUAGACUCAGAAUCUCCCGAAAGGGAUUCAAGACUGGAGUCGCCUCUGUCAACAAUACACGACAUAGCUAGUCUCCGCAGUAUCAUAACACCUCCACCACAGUCUCGGCAGGUCGCAUCCACCUGUCCCGACACAGAGGAGAGCAAUGAGCGAAAGACCACACCAACAAGCUCAAAAGUGAAACCAAUUGAACCGAGGAUUAUCGAUUCCCCAGUUCAACUCACAUACAUCCGUGAUCUACCCACCAGCAAAGGGUACAAUGUGGACGCGGUUCGAUUGCGCGAUAUCCUUGGAGAUCCAAUGAUCCGCGAAUGCUGGCAGUUCAAUUAUCUUCACGAUGUGGAUUUUCUCAUGUCGCAGUUUGAUGAAGAUACGAGAGGUCUUGUCAAAGUCAGAGUUGUGCAUGGGUCAUGGCAAAGAGAAAAUGCGAAUAAGAUUCGUAUUGAAGAAGCAUGCGCGCGGUAUCCCAACGUCGAACCAAUCAUUGCAUACAUGCCCGAGCCAUUUGGCACUCAUCAUUCUAAGAUGAUGGUGCUUCUUCGGCAUGAUGACCUAGCCCAGGUUAUCAUUCAUACAGCGAAUAUGAUACCCCAGGACUGGACGAAUAUGACCCAGGCCGUUUGGCGCUCUCCUCUCUUGCCUCAAAAGCCAUCAUCGGCCCCAGCAACCGAUCUGUCAUUUGGCUCCGGGACCCGGUUCAAGCGAGAUUUUCUCGCCUAUCUCAGAGCAUAUGGCCCCUCCAAGACCGGUCCGCUAGUCCAACAACUGGAGACCUAUGACUUUAGAGCUGUGCGUGCUGCCCUUGUUGCCAGUGUGCCAUCAAAGCAGCAUGCCAGCGAGUGCAAUUCAGACGAGGGAACAUUAUGGGGAUGGCUCGCAUUGAAAGACCUGACGAGUCGAAUUUCUACAAUAAACACCAAACAAGAAGGAAAAGAGAGCUCACCAAACCCUCACAUCGUCAUCCAACCCAUCGAUCCCACUAACAAACAAAAACCGCAGAUCUCAUCAGUAGCAACCCUAGGCCAAACAGAAAAAUGGCUGAAAGAAGUAUUCUUCCAAGCCCUCUCCCCCUCACAACCCCAAUUACAACCACAACACCAAACUCCAACCCAAAAACAACCAACCUACUCAAUAAUCUUCCCAACACCCAGCGAAAUCCGCCGCUCAAUAGACGGCUACACCUCCGGCGCAUCCAUCCACAUGAAAACCCACAGCCCAGCCCAACAAAAGCAACUCGCAUACAUGCGUCCCUAUCUCUGCCAAUGGGCCGGCGACGGUCCAACAAACAGCUCCUACAUCGAUCUAUCAGACGAUCAGCCGCCGAAACGGGAAGCUGGUCGUGCGCGCGCGGCGCCACAUAUCAAGACUUACAUCCGGUUUCGGGAUGGGGAUAUGGAGAGUAUUGAUUGGGCGAUGGUUUCGUCGGCGAAUCUUUCUACGCAGGCUUGGGGCGCGGCGGUGAAUUCUGGUGGGGAGGUGAGGAUUUGUAGUUGGGAAAUUGGGGUUGCUUUUUGGCCUGGGUUGUUUGAGGAUGGGGAUGGGGAUGGGGAUGGGGAUGCGGAGGUGGUUAUGGUUCCUACGUUUCAGACGGAUCGUCCUGAUAUCUCUUCGGAUAAUGGAGAGAAGGCGCAGGAGGCCGCUUCUGCUGUUGUUGGAUUCCGCAUGCCCUAUAACCUACCCCUGACGCCGUACGGAGCAUCGGAUGAACCGUGGUGUGCUACUGUCUCGCACGAUCUACCCGACUGGCGCGGACAGAGCUGGAUGGGCUGA